CACGGUAACGGAGGCGGGGCUGAGCGCCCGGCCGCGCGUAACGGACGCGGGACCGCGCGGUAGCUGCGGCGCGUUCGCUCCCAGAGGCCCGGCGGGAGCUGUCCCGCAGCCCGGGAGCGGCCGGGCCUCACGCGCAGGCGCCGACCCGGCGGGGCUGUGAGCCGGCCGCGGCCUGGGCGGCGAGGCCUUCCCGAUGCCGGCUGCGGCUCCGCGGAGCAGAACGGAGGCUGGACCCGGACCGCGGGCGGGGUAGGAGGUGGACCGGUCCGCUCGGCCGCGCGGGGUGGGCGGCGGAGGUGGCGGCGAUGGACGCCCUGGAGGAGGAGAGCUUCGCGCUGUCCUACUCUUCCGCCUCUGAUGCAGAAUUCGAUACUGUGGUUGGAUACUUGGAGGACAUCAUAAUGGAUGAUGAGUUCCAGGUAUUACAGAGAAAUUUUAUGGACAAGUAUUACCAGGAGUUUGAAGACACAGAAGAGAAUAAACUCACCUACACAUCUAUUUUUAACGAAUAUAUUUCCUUGGUAGAAAAGUAUAUUGAAGAACAGCUGCUGGAGCGGAUUCCGGGAUUUGACAUGGCAGCGUUCACAACAACUUUACAGCACCAUAAAGAUGAAGUGGCUGGCGACAUAUUUGACAUGCUGCUCACAUUUACAGAUUUUCUGGCUUUCAAAGAAAUGUUCCUGGACUAUAGAGCAGAAAAAGAAGGUCGGGGACCGGACUUAAGCAGUGGGUUAGUGGUGACUUCAUUAUGCAAAUCAUCAUCUGUGUCAGCUUCCCAGAACAAUCUUCGUCCCUAGACUUCACCUCCAGAGAAUGGAUUGAUUGUUCUACACCUCACCCAUCCAAUUGCCUGGGACAGGCUUUGGCCACUAGCAGCAGAUUACAUCAUGGAAAAACUUGACUUUGUUCCAUACCUCUUCAUUAAUAUUAAGUAUCACUGGGUCAGAGAAAACAGCCUGACCCUCCUGGGCCCUGUUCUCCUGAAACCUUUUGUGUUUGUAGCCCUAACACUCUGCCCCAACUAGACAUCCCUUCAGGUGGCUUCUGAGUCAGGCUUCUCUGGAGCAAACAUUCCAUCUGUGUGUGUGUGUUUGGGGGGGAGGGAGCUUCCCCAGAUAUAUGUUGAUGUGAGCGCUGUUGAAGAACCCACCAUCAUCAUUCCCCUCUGUCUCAGUAGGCUUUGCGUGAAUCUUUUCCUACAUUGACAAUGUUUCAGUCCUUCAGCUUCAGUAGGGCUUGGGGUUGGGAGUAUUUAUUUAGGGAGUUAAACUGGUUGCCAAUCUGGAGAUUCCUAAAGCCCUUACUAUUAAUAGCUAGUCUUGGCUGUAGAAAUCAGCUAAAAUGAACUUUACAUAUAAAAGCUACCUGUGAAAAACCAGUUCCUAGUCUCACAUUCAUAGUCCUUUUAUCACAGUGUCUUCUGCUGUCUUGAUGUAGUCCCACUAUUUCCAGAACUUUCCUCUUUUAAGCAUUUUUGUAAAGAUAUUUUUAUAGAUGGAUACUCUGGCUAACUUAGUGGAUAUAAUCUUGGAACUCCCAUGAUUACCCACUUAAACAUCAAAGUAUUAUAUGCUGUAUGCUUUUUAGAUGUAGUGCUAUGAAAGCAAAACUGCUUUCUCUGUUGGCGUUCCUCCUUUAUCAGGUGCCAAUGAAUGUAUGCUUAUGCUCGAAGCAGAUUAAAAGGUAUCUUUUGCUGAUAGCAUGUUGAGUCUUACCUAAAACCCUGUCUGUAUAAAUUAAUCCAUCAGGUUUUCUACGGGGCAGGGACUCUUUUAAUUCCUCUUCCUGUCAAAAUUUCCUACCAAGAUGGCGUUCCACAGGUCUAGCUCAGCACAAAUAGAGAGUAAGUGUCUUUGUCAGUCAUGUAUCUGCUUUGAUUCAGUACACUGGCUAAGUUGAUAGAACGUGCACUAUAGACUGAAAAAUGUUACGUCUUUAGAAAAAAUAUAGUUCAAUUCCCAAUGUUUACCUUAAAAUUUUUUUUUUUUAAAUAAGAAUAGGUACUGACUUUCCAUUAGGCUACUGUGGUUUUGAGCUCUAGGCUAUGCAUUUUUCUGUAAUGAUGUGUUGCUUAUUACAUAUUUUUGUACUGUGAGUAAAAUUGCAAGAAGUUUUUGCAAGCAGCAGCAUUCUAAAGGAGUCACCCCUUUA